AUGAACAGGUCCAUCCCAUUCCCUUCGCCCGCGCCCUCUCCUUUCCGCCCGUAUCCCCCUCCUCUCAGCCUGCUUGUCCCUCGCGCUGAGGAGUCCAUUGCACUCUCCCCUACACCAGAGCAGCUCCCCAUCCUCUAUGUUAUCGUUGUGUACACCGUCGUUAUCUUCGCUCUCUGGAACAUCCCCGGGGCGCGGCUCCUCAUCACGCCCCUCAAGCUCUUCACCAUCGGCUGGCACGAGCUCUGCCACAUAGCGCUCGCCAUCUUCACCGGAGGCAGCGUAGAGAAGGUAUCGAUCGACCCCGACGCCGGCGGUGCGACGGUCGUUGUGGGCGGGCAUGCCCCGACAAUCCUUGUGGCGGGAUACCUCGGCUCGACUGUUUUCGGAGGCGUAUUCGUCCUCGCGGGCUUCGACACGCUCGUCGCGAAAAUUCUUAGCUUCGUGCUCGGCGUCGGCCUCGUGGCGCCGCUGUCGCUCGUGCGAAAUAAACUGACAAUCGUGCUGACUAUUUUCUACGAGGGCCUCCUCAUCGGCUUUUGGUUCAUCGAUCACGCCCAACCUCUACGAUGGUACUGCCUCUUCGUGGGAAUCAUGAACAUCUUCUACGCAGUCUGGGACAUCACAGACGACAAGUACUUCCGCAAGGUGAACGACUCAGACGCGUCACAGCUCGCGCUGCGCUACUCCUUCAUCGGCGCGCACGUGUGGGCGGUGCUCUGGAUAUUGUUCGAGAUCGGCGUGCUCAUCGGCUUCGUGUUCCUCGGCCUCGUGUCCUUCAAGCUGACGACAGAGCAAAUGGCCACCGAGGCUGCGAAAUUCCUCCCGACAUGA